GCCAAGGCUGGCGUCGCCACCGAUGAAAAGACCGGCCAGGUGACGAUCCAGCAGGGCGUUGAGCUGCACCAGCCCGCAAUGGUCAGCAACCAGUUCCAAUUGAAGCACUACCAAUUGGAAGGGCGUCGAAUGGCUGCACUGUCUGCGCAAUGCGAAUGCCUCGGGCAUUCUGGCCGACGAGAUGGGGCUGGGCAAGACCUUCCAGGUCAUUGCGUUUUUGUGCCGCGCCAUUGAAGAGGGCAAGCAGAGGAAGCCGAGCCUGGUGGUCUGUCCGUCGUCGACUCUGGAGAACUGGAUGAACGAGUGCCGUAGGUUUGCACCCAAUCUGCGCGCAGUCGCGUACUACGGGUCGCAGGCGGAGCGUGCAGCUUUGCAGUCCGAGUUGGAGGACCCGAAGGCAUAUGACGUGAUGGUGACCACGUAUAAUGUGGCGACGGGGAACAAGCUCGACCGCAUGUUCCUGAAGCGCCGCGGCUUCUCGGCCAUGGUCCUGGACGAAGGCCAUAUGGUGAAGAACUGCAUGAGCUCGCGCUACAAAUGGCUGAUGCAGAUCCGCGCCGACUUCCGGCUGCUGCUGACCGGCACGCCCUUGCAGAACAACCUGCAGGAGCUGGUCUCGCUGCUGACGUUUAUUCUGCCCAGCGUCUUCUCUGACUCGCAGGAGAUGCUACGGCACGCGUUCAAGACCAAGUCGAGCGGGAAGCGGUCCGGUGUGGAGUCGGAGGACGUGUCGGUGGCGCCGUCCGGUGCCCAGACGCCGGUUGUGCAGAGCGAACUGGGCCCCGUGGAGGCCCGGCAUAUUGAGCAGGCGAAGACCCUUCUGAGGCCGUUUGUGCUGCGCCGACGCAAGGUCGACGUGCUUGGAGACCUGCCGAAGAAGACCGAGCACAUUACGCGCAUCGACCUGACGGCGGCGCAGCGCGCAUUGUACGAUCGGAUUAUGCCAGAAGAGUCCGAGGGCGUGCGGCAGCAGCUGAUGCAGCUGGAGGUCGGCGAGGAGUCCUCCGGAGCGGCGAAGCAGAAGCAGAAGCAGAGCUGGAUCAGCACCUUCAUGGAGAUGCGCAAGGUGGCCGACCACCCGUUACUGCUGCGCAGCCACUAUACAAAGAAGACGCUGGAGAAAAUGGCCAAGCAGCUGCUGCGCGAGCCAGACUACGCGGACGCCAACUACACCUAUGUGCUUGAGGACAUGGAGGUGUGCAGCGACUUUGAACUGCACAAGAUCUGCACGACGUACCCGCGAAUGCAGCGGUUCAAGCUGACUGACCCUGUGCUUGUGGACUCGGGCAAAGUGUCGCAAUUGAAGCUAAUCGUGGAUGAGUGCGUGGAGAAGAAGGAGAAGCUUCUGGUGUUCAGCCAGUUCACGUCGAUGCUGGAUAUCCUGGAGAGCGUGCUGGGCAUAUGGCAGGUCGAGUACUGCCGUCUGGACGGGCAGACCAAGGUGGACGAGCGGCAGGCGAUGAUCGACGAGUUCAAUAAUACGGAGCGGUUCCCGGUGUUCCUGCUGUCGACCAAGGCCGGUGGGUUCGGCAUUAAUUUGACAUCGGCCAACGUGGUGGUUAUUUUCGACUCUGGCAACAACCCGUCGGAGGAGCGGCAGGCGGAGGACCGGGCGCAUCGCGUCGGGCAGACCAAGGACGUCAGGGUGUAUAGGUUUAUCGCCAAUGGCACGAUUGACGAGGAUAUCUGGGAGUGUUCAAGGUCCAAGAUGCUCAUGGAGCAGUGUUUCUGGCUGGAGGGGCUGGGGACCAGGACCGAAGAGUAGCAUGUCUUUUUGCGUAUUCAUUGAAUAGAAUGUAGUGUGAAUCGUU